AUGCCGUUGGCGGUGGAGGAUAAGUGUCUUGCAUUCCAUGGACCGCUAUUAUAUGCAGCAAAGGUCUUGAAGGUUCAUGAUCCUGUUAGUCCAGAAAAAACGGCUGACGAUGAAGUACCGGCAAAUUUGAAGGAUCAAGAAUGUUUUUACAUACAUUAUCGUGGAUGGAAAUCAUCCUGGGACGAGUGGGUCGGUCCAGAAAGACUCAGAGAAUAUACGGACGAAAAUUUGGAAUAUAAGAAACAGUUGGUGCAGCAGGCGAAAGAGAAUCGGCAAGCUAAAAAGAAGGUGCCUGCCAAAGUGCGCAAAACAGAACCCCGCAAACGCAAAACAGCUACCGCAAAUAUAGAUGAGACCGGACAUGCCGUGCACCAGGGGCCAAGGAUUGUUGUCCACAUCUCACAAGCGCUAAAGGCCGUCUUGGUCGACGAUUGGGAACGCAUUACGAAGGACAAAAAGCUAGUAUCUCUACCAUGCAAACCAACAGUUGCAAAAUUGCUUCAAGAUUACUAUCAAUCAGCCAGUACACACGAAAUUUCGCCCGUGGCUCAAUCCCACCUUCAAGAAUAUUGCGAUGGGCUCAAACUGUAUUUCGACCACUCAUUAUCUGCGAUCCUCCUGUACCGUUAUGAACGGCUCCAGUAUGCCGAGCAUGUUGAGGAGCCCCCCUCUUCAGUAUAUGGGGCUAUUCAUUUGCUGCGAUUACUUAGUAGUUUGCCGGAAUUGGUGUCACUGACUUCGAUGGACGAAUCGGGGUGCGAUGUGGUGGUGCAGCAGACAGAUAGGUUUCUUAAGUGGCUUGUCGAAAAACACGAGCUUUUUGAGAACGGUAUUUAUGUCAAUACGAGUAGCCAGUACGAAGGAAUGGCUUUGGGUAUGUAA